GCCCGGCCCCCGGCACUUCCUCGUCUCGGGCCCAGUCUUACAGCCGGGCCGGGGAGCCCGAGGACUGCGGGGGAGUCUGGUCCGGGUCUCUGCCGUUCCCGUGACUCCGGGCUGGACGCGGUGAGCGGGGCGUUGUUCCACCAAGCCCCCGCCCUCAGCCAGGUGGGCACCACGGCACGGGCUGAGCCGCCCACAUGGAAGGGAGAGGACCAUACCGGAUCUACGACCCUGGGGGUGGCAUGUCUCCGGGAGAGGCGUCCGCAGCUCUUGAGCGCCUAGUGGAGGAGAAUUCCCGGCUGAAGGAAAAAAUGCAAGGGAUAAAGAUGUUAGGGGAGCUUUUGGAAGAGUCCCAGAUGGAAGCAUCCAGGCUCCGGCAGAAGGCAGAGGAGCUGGUCAAGGACAACGAGCUGCCCCCUCCACCUACUCCUUGCUUAGGUUCCUUCGACCACCUAGCUGAGCUCACAGGAGAGAACACCAAUGUCCCAGCAUCUCCUGCUGUCCCAGCAUGCCCUAGCGACAAGCCAGCACCAGUCCAGAAACCUCCAUCCAGCGGCACCUCCUCUGAAUUUGAAGUGGUCCCCUCUGAGGAGCAGAACUCCCCACCAGAGAGCAGCAGCAGCCCCAGAAACACGAUGGAGCUGGGCCCCCUGGCCCACAAGGACAGCAACCUGAUGCAGCACCUGCAGCGCCUGGAGACCACGCUGAGCGUGUGCGCUGAGGAGCCCGACCACAGCCAGCUCUUCACCCACCUGGGCCGCAUGGCCCUGGAGUUCAACCGGCUGGCCUCCAAGGUGCACAAGAAUGAGCAGCGCACCUCCAUCCUGCAGACCCUGUGUGAGCAGCUUCGGAAGGAGAACGAGGCUCUGAAGGCCAAGCUAGACAAGGGCCUGGAACAGCGGGAUCAGGCUGCUGAGAGACUGCGGGAGGAAAAUAUGGAGCUCAAGAAGUUGUUGAUGAGCGGCAGCAACAAAGAGGGGCCCUGUGGGCAGCCAGGCUCACCGAAGAUGGAAGGCGGAGGCAAGAAGGGUGUGGCCGGGCAGCAGCAGGCUGGGGGGAUGGCUGGUAAGAUCCCGGAGGUGGGGGCCUUGGGCUCAGCUGAGAAGAAGGUGAGGAUGCUGGAGCAGCAGCGCACUGAGCUGCUGGAGGUGAACAAGCAGUGGGACCAGCAUUUCCGGUCCAUGAAGCAGCAGUGUGAGCAGAAGAUCACUGAGCUGCGGCAGAAACUGGCGGACCUGCAGAAGCAAGUGAGCGACCUGGAGGCCGAGCGGGAGCAGAAGCAGCGGGACUUUGACCGCAAGCUCCUCUUGGCCAAGUCCAAGAUUGAAAUGGAAGAGACCGACAAGGAGCAGCUGACAGCAGAGGCCAGAGAGCUGCGUCAGAAGGUCAAGUACCUGCAGGAUCAGCUGAGCCCGCUCACCCGGCAGCGCGAGUACCAGGAGAAGGAGAUCCAGCGGCUCAACAAGGCCCUGGAGGAAGCACUGAGCAUCCAGGCUUCCCCGUCAUCGCCAGCAGCAGCGUUCGGGAGCCCAGAAGGAGCUGGUGGCCUCAGGAAGCAGGAGCUGCUCACGCAGAAUGAGCUGCUGAAACAGCAGGUGAAGAUCUUCGAGGAGGACUUCCAGAGAGAGCGCAGCGAUCGAGAGCGCAUGAAUGAGGAGAAGGAAGAGCUGAAGAAGCAGGUGGAAAAGCUGCAGGCUCAGGUUACCAUGUCGAAUGCCCAGCUCAAAGCUCUCAAAGAUGAGGAAAAGGCGAGAGAAGCCCUCAAGCAGCAGAAGAGGAAAGCAAAGGCCUCGGGAGAGCGUUACCACAUGGAGCCCCACCCGGAGCACCUCUGCGGGGCUUACCCCUACGCCUACCCGCCCAUGCCAGCCAUGGUGCCACACCACGGCUUUGAAGACUGGUCCCAGAUCGGCUACCCGCCACCCCCCAUGGCCAUGGAACACCCACCCCCACUCCCCGGCUCGCACCUCUUCCGUCUGCCAGAAUACACCUGGCGCCCACCCUGUGCAGGGAUGCGGAAUCAGAGCUCCCAAGUGAUGGACCCGCCCACAGCCAGGCCUGCAGAACCAGACCCAGCAAAAAAUGACCGUGAAGGGCCUCAGUGAGACCAGAUUGUGUCGUUUGGCUGCAUCUUCGUCUUGCAGAGCCAGCUGUCCUCAGAUCACGGAAAAGAUAGAGGCCACUGCUGUGUGUGGCCAGAGCCACAGCUGGACAGGAGGCCGAAGUGGGGGGCCAGCUCGCGCCGGCCCGGCAGAACUGUUCAUAAGCCUGGGAGGAUCCACCCAGAAGGCUUCCACUUGGGCUCUUCCUCUGGAGGUGACAGAGAAACUCACUGCCCCGCCGUCCAGUGGAGAAGGCCUCCUCCGGCCUGACCGGCCACCCUUCGCUGCAGCCUCCAGAGACGUCAGUCUUCAGAGUGGGGUGCAGCCCAGACCUCUUUUGUUUGAAACCCUCCCCUGAAGUGGUUCCAGCCCUCCGGGUGCCACGUUCAGUUCACGUGUGUGUUUCACUUUUGCUUCACGCUCUGUAGCAAGACGUGCCCCAUGCCUGUCCUGACCCCUCUGUGAGGAGCUGCGGGAAGAGUGGGUUCGUCUCCAGGGAGAACAGCAGCAAGUCCUGAUGCUGGGCUCUCCCACCUCCACCCGCAGUAGCCUCGCCAGAGCCUUCAUAGCCUGGAGAGAGGUCACACCAGCCGUGUCCCCUGAGGGCCCCAGGCUGUAGCUGAAGCUCAGGCCCUCUGCCCUGCAGCCCGAGGCUCAUGGUGCCCGCGGCCUGGAUUGGAGUGGCUGUCCAUCCCGGGCAGCUGUUUGCACGAACCUUGGACAUAAAUCCAAGUUGAAGAUCA